AUGACUGUGAAUGAGUGUCCGUCGGUUUUCACGCGUAAAGACAGUUUGCUCAGACAUAUGAAAACUCAUGAUGGAUACCAAAUAGUGUGCAGUAUUUGCAAUAAGAAAUGCUCUCGGAAAGAUAUUUUAAGCAGACAUAUGAAAAACAUUCACGCUAUGGGUCGCAUUCAAGAUAAUAUCGAGAUCAUUCCGAAUAGAUCUAAUAAGUCAAACGCAGAUUUUAACGAUGGGUAUGAUGAUAUGUGCGUUAAGAUUCUAGACAAUGCUGAAGAUGCAGGGCUAUGCAAUGUGACAAGCAAUACUAGCGAUAUAGAAAUAGCUCCUGGAAUAUAUGUCCCUGACAUACCUGUUGGACCGUGUAACCAAAAUGCUAUGCUGUCAAAUGAAAAAAUGAAUAAAUUAAUACCUGAAGAUGAGGAUCAUUUCUGUAUGAAUGCGAUGGAUGAAUUUGAAAGUACACAUACUGGGCAAGGUUUAUUUUCUACGUAUUUUCUACUAGCGUUCAAAUGUAACUUAUUCGUAUUUAUUAUUUUAGAUUAUUAUACAGUGAUAGGUAGUAAACGUGUACACAUAGAAAAUACUCAAACUGUAGUAAAAGCAAAAAAAGUUAGACUCCAGAAAGUAAAUUCAAUAGGAUUCGAAGAAAUUCAAUCAGCCCAUAAUCGUAAGGUCGUAUGGUAUUAUUAUAAAAAUCUGAAUAAUAUACAAAAUUAUUCAGAGUUCUACAAGUCCAUCACACCUGCAUUGUUAGAGACCUUUAAUACUCACAAUCUACCAAUCAAGUUUAAUUUGAAAAUUGAGAGCACAUAUAGUAUACCUAACGUGGAAAAUUCGUCCGAGAAUAGAGCUUUUAAAACCUCGGCCAGGGAGAUUUUCGCGGAUAGUAAUGUACACUCAAUUUUAGAAGAAAGUUUUAAUAAAUUGAAAUGUGAGGAGGAGGAAUAUACAAGUAAGGGCUCUGGAUUUUCUUUCCAAAACAUCGAUGGAAUGUUAUUAGGAAUAUAUACAUUUUCACCAAUGUCGGGUUCAUCAUAUUUGCCACUACCAGCUAGCAUUGAUAGAAGAAGGGCAACAAUCAAUCCUCAAAAUUCAGACCAGCAGUGUUUUAAAUGGGCUAUAUUAGCAAAACAUGUCACAGAACGCCCAAAAUAUCGUGUUGGUGUUAACUAUUAUCAACACGUAGAUAAAUAUAAUUUCGAUGGAAUUUCAUUCCCCACACCCCUGUCAGAUGUAAAAAUAUUUGAGCGUAAUAAUCCAUUAGUCUCAGUUAAUAUCUAUGGAAUUGAGAAAAAAUUACAACCACCAUUAAAAUUUCCUACUCAUACCGUUUUUCCAUUAAAAGUUGCAGAUAAUGAAAAAGAAGAUCAUUUUGACAUAUUAUUUAUAACAGAUAGUGAAAGUUCACAUUAUGUUUAUAUAUCUAAUUUUUCCCGUCUUGUCCGUUCACAAAAAACUCGGCAUGACGGACAUACAUAUUUCUGCAAACGAUGUUUUGUAUCAUUUGAUAAUCAGAAUUCAAAGUAUAAAUUAAAGGGACAGGUGGCACUGGAUCAGCACAAAAAAGUAUGCGGUAUACACAAACCGAUAUUACCUGUGUUACCGACGGAGGGUGAAAUUUUAGAGUUUAAAGCCUGGAAGCAUACAGUAAGGCAUCCUAUUGUCAUAUAUGCUGAUUUUGAGGCGCUAUUAGAAAAAAAAAAUCAGAAAAAAAGUAAAAAUACAACCAUCUUUCAAGAACACAAACCAAUGAGUUUCGGAUUAAAAGUAGUUGCUUCGGAGGAUGUCCCAAUGCAUUUGUUAGAUAAAUUCGAUAUAUCUACAACGCCAAUCAUUUUCAGAGGAUGUAAAACACAACAGGAGGUUGCGAAAAAAUUCAUUGAAGAGGUUACAGAAUUAACACGAAAAAUUGAAAAAUUGUUGAAGACAAAUGAACCAAUAAUUAUGAGCAAAGAAGACUGGUGUAAACAUAAGGCGACUUUAAAAUGUGAUUUUUGUAAAUGUGAUAUAAGAGGGGGUGAGAAAGUUCGGGACCAUUGUCACCUGUCUGGAAAGUUCCGGCAUACUUUAUGUAAUAAAUGCAACUUGGAUCUUCAACAACCGAAUUUUGUACCAUGCUUUCUACAUAAUCUUACGAAUUACGAUGCGCAUUUUAUCAGAAGUUUAUAUCCUUUUCAAAGUAUGUAA